AUGCUUGAAGCUUCUCUAGAAAGCAGUAGCCCUCCAUUGCAAGAUCGAGAGAAGCUUUAUCUUCUUGCUGUUGGAUAUUACCGUACGGGAGAUUACUCAAAGAGCAGACAGCUCGUGGAGCGUUGCAUCAAGAUUCAACCUGAUUGGAGGCAAGCUUUGGUCUUAAAGAAAACCAUUGAAGACAAGAUCGCAAAGGAUGGUGUUAUUGGGAUAAGCAUCACAGCUACAGCCGUUGGACUCAUAGCCGGAGGAAUCGCUGCAGCCUUGGCUCGCAAGAAAUGA